AUGCUGUGGCAACAUUUUUGUUUCUUUAUCUUGGCUUUUUCCGUGGGCCGCGUAUGUGCUAAUGAACAGUGCAAGAUGGAGAUCAACAUUCAAGGCAUGAAACUUGAAAAGUUCGUGUUUAAAAGGGUUUCAGCAUUAGCUCCUCACAUCUGUGAUAUUCGGUGUGGACAAGACAUUACCUGCCAAAGCUAUAACUACAACAGAAAGGAAAAGAUCUGCGAAUUGAACAACCGCACCAAAGAGGCGAGGCCUGAAAGUUUUCGCUCGGCCCCGGGUUGGUUUUAUAUCCGGCGUUUAAACGGAAGGGGUAUGUUUUAAGUUCAAGAAUGUUGACUAAGAAAGAUUUACUCAUAAAGUAUAUUUUAUAGCACAGAAUGUAGUUUCUGAUGCAGUGAGAAGACCCUACUCGUUCGCACGUUAUGACUGAGAGCAAAGUGUUUUCGGGUCCGGCACGACCCAAUUCAGACAAGGAGCGUUUUAUCCUAAGACUGUCGAUCUUCUUCUGACUGACAAUUUACCAUAUUGCAUCACGCCGGAUUGUAAGCCAGCUCAUGCAAGUUUUUCCAGCUUUGUUCUCAUGAUCGCGUGCGGCCCUCACGAGGAAAGUUUUGGGAAGACUAUCACGUAUGGGUUCGAAUUCUAACUUCAAGAUGUUGUUUUAUUUUUUAAAUCGUGUUUUGCUUUAAAGUUUCUGUGUUUUUCACGGUGUCGCCGGAGCAACCCUGACAGGUGCUUCUUUAGGACAUUUAUCAGUUUUUUUUUUAACAAAUUUCAUUUUCAAGAAAAAUGUUGAGUUAGGUUUUUCCGAUAAACUUAUCUUACUGCUUCUGUGUUUUAACACAUUUGAAAAAAUGUUAGUUCUGAUGCUUAUCUAAGAGAAAUGAAAGUGGGGAAAAAAAAGGUUGAAUUUGUUAAAACGUCAAUUUAUUCAUAAAUGAUAUUUACCUUUGAUGUUUUCAUAUUUUAUAGUAUUUUUAACAUGCUUUAAAAACCGUUUUACCCUUCGCUUUCAGAGUAAGGUAAGAGCACAUAGAGGAAGAUGUUUUUCGUCUUGUCACGAGCGUGGGACAAAGAGAAAAUUACCUACUAUCUCUCUUAUUCUAUUUACAAAAACAUGACGCUGUCGACAUUCUAGCAGUAUGCAGGACGUGCGUUAUGUAUGAACUUCGUAAUGGGCCACGCCUACCUAAGAGUCUCUGAGGCUCAGUGGUACAUCGGAGCGCGGAAACCGAAGGUCUGAGGUUCGAUUCCUCAUGGGAACUCAGAACUUUUUAUUUGUCCCACGCUCGUGACAAUACGAAAAACAUCUUUCUCUAUUUCUACCGAGCUCAAAACUUAAAAUUUUUGCAAAUUAUCUAAGUAGUUAUCCCACGAAUUAAUUUUGCAAUCUUUUAUGUAUUGCAGCACCUCUGGGUUCUAUUCUGGAAUUACCAGCAAUGUCUUGCCAAGAAAUAAAGGCAAGUGAGGGAAAAGAUUCCACUAGCAACAAGUACUGGCUAAUCCAACUGGUAAUGGAGAGACAGAGUUGA